UGAUGAUGACGUCAGCUAGUGGCGCAGGAAAAUGGGGGCGCGAGGCAGAGCAGAGAGACAUCACACACGGAGACACACCGGGAGCAUAAAACGAUAUGAUGACAGACAGUCACUGGCAGUGUGUUGGAACACAGCCUGAUCUGACAGAAUGGGGCUCAAGCUCAGUGCAAAGGGGCAGCAGAGCCACAGGCUGGUGAUCUUCGCAGCCAUCUUCGUCCUGAUGACACUCCUCAUCCUCUAUGGCUCCAACAAUGUCAACGAUAACAUCUACUCUCCACUACAUCUGGCUAUAAAUAAGGCCAUCAAGGCCACAGAUCUGAAGAAGUGGUCUGGGAAAGACGGAUAUGUGCCAUUCCAUGGGAACAAGACGAUGAGUCUGCACUGUGGCAGCUGUGCUCUGGUGACGAGCUCCAGCCACGUCCUGGGGAGUCGAGCCGGGGCGGAGAUCGACCAGGCGCAGUGUGUGAUCCGGAUGAACGACGCCCCCACGCUGGGCUUCGAGGCGGACGUGGGGAACCAGACCUCUCUGAGGGUGGUGGCCCACUCCAGCGUGUUCAGGGUGGUCCGCAGGCCCAGCGAGUUCCUGCACAGGCCCGACAGCAGCCCUGUGAUCAUCUUCUGGGGACCCCCCAACAAGAUGGGGAAGGACGCCAAAGGGACCCUGUACCGGCUGAUCCAGAGGGUCAGCACCACCUACAGCAACAUGUCCUGCUUCAGUAUCACCGCCAGCAAGAUGCGCCGCUUCGACAGCCUGUUUCACCGGGAGACCGGGCGGGACAGACAGAAAUCUCACUCCUGGCUGAGCACAGGCUGGUUCACUAUGGUCAUUGCCAUCGAGCUUUGUGAUAGUAUCAAAGUGUAUGGGAUGGUCCCACCCAAUCACUGUGGAAAAUUUAAACCUCCAGCCAAAAAGAUGCCCUACCACUACUACAAGCCCAGGGGGCCGGAUGAGUGUGUCACAUACCUGCAGCAUGAGGGGGCGCGCAGAGGGAACCACCAUCGCUUCAUCACGGAGAAACAAGUGUUUGGCCGCUGGGCGAAGCAGUACAACAUCACCUUCUCUCACCCCAAAUGGGUUUAGACUUUAGUGGGAAAGAAAGAGAGAAAUACACAUACUCACUGUGGCCUGACUGAGAGAAUGAACCCUCGUGAAGCCACAUCAUCAUGAAAACGCCAAGAGGACGAAGAAUCUUUUGGUCAAAAGCGUGUGGACCAAAUGAGAGGAAAUAAUAUAUUGUGUAAAUCCCACAUUGACGUGGUGGCCGUCCGACAGGUGUUUUUGUACAUAGAGACGAAAUUGAAUUUAAAGAGGAAUUUUUACAUGUUUCUAAUAUUUUUGUUAUUGAAAAUGCACUUGUGUUUCCCAUGCUCAGGGGGAUUAUAUAAGCAAGCAUUCUCAUGAAACACAAUAGACUACAAAACACUAUUUGAGCUCUACAUCAACCGUCUACUAUACAAAUGUGAAACUACAGUAACUGCAGUCAGAUUCAACUAAACCAUUUCAUCGGCAUGUACAUUUCAGUAUAUUCACAUUUAGUAUGGGAGCAAUAUGACGGACAGGACCAUUAUACUUUUUCAUUAUUUUAGCUAGAAUCAUUUCUUCAUACGUUUGACACACAGGCAAUAAAUAGAAUAGACACAAAUAUGUUUUGAUUAUAUUGAUAGGACACAUUAAGGCUCUUGAAAUUAUGUGGCACGAAAAACUAUUCUACAGAUACAGAAUACCACUUUCACAGAAUACUUAGGUCUUAAUACUAAGACUAGUUUUUUCCAAUCUUAAAGAAGUUGUCAUAUCCUCGAUUUGUCUAAUGUAGAACUUCAUUGUAACAUUUUUGCUGUUGAUUUGAAUGUUUUCAUGAAAUUGAGUUAAAGUUGUGCCUCAUGACCUUUUUACCUCAGUGGCAUUUCAGUGCAUGCAUCUUCAAUUCACAAAAUGCAUCAUGAUGGUGUUAUAUAUAUAUAUUAGUAUGUUGCUAUUAACUAAACAUGACUAAACUAAACAGGAUGCAGAGAAGGGUGCAAUAUCUAAAACUGUGAUGCCUUUUGCAAACCAAGUGUUCCUUCAUCUUUAAGGGAGCAAUGUGCUUGGUCAGAAGCCAGUAUACUUGGGUUUUUUGGAAAGUAAUUUGUUGGAAAAAAUACAUAAUCCACAUCAACUGCUGCUAUUUUACCGAUAUUAAAUUGCCUGCGAAAUAUAUCAAGAUAUUACUAUUACUACAAAAUGUUUAUAUUGCAUAUAAUGCAAAAACAUUCAAUAGCUAAGACACCCAAGUUAUAUAAAUAAGGAAGAACUAAGUAUAAUAAACAUUAAUCAAACAGAUGCAAUUCAACAAUACAGGCCUCAAAAUAUUGUACUACUACUAUUCUAACAUUUUAAAUCUGAACAUUUAUGAAGGUAUUAUUUAUUGCAGGAGUCGUAUCAAACUGUAUUGCCACAUGUACCCAAUUAUGUGGGAACUGAGUGUAUAUCAAGCUAAUCCACAAAUACUCCCAACAACAAACGCAUAUUGCAAUUCCUGUGCAAACCUGGUAUUCAAAUGAAAUAUUUGCCUGGCUUUCUUUUUGUAUUUAUGAGAAUAAAAUGCCAAUACACAUGGGUAGAUUAAUGCACGUAGCAUGCAUGGCAACUGGAAAGUAAUCGCAUCUGUUACACAAUCUGUUGGAUGAACUGCUUACAAACCUGAAGCAGACUCAUUGAUGAAAAUAUUCUGUGCCAUUUAGUUCAAAAGGUGAAAAUGCAAAACAACGGCACAAAACAUUUCUACUUGGAAAAACACGCUGCAGCUUUAGAAACGAUGCAAAUGUAAAAACACUAAUUUGCCAAAACAUAUCCAAACGAAGAAACAUCUCACCAACUUCACAUCACAUGCGCAGCGUUUACUAAAAGCGCUGCAUAUACAAAACUGCAUUAAAAAAACGCUGCAAGAAACUCCAAACUCAAAGGAAACCUGGGGACACUAAAAAGUGACACACAGCUGGGACGGAGCGCUUGUUGGCGCUCAGGGAUUGUCAAGUUGUUGAGUGUUUUGGGCCGAUGUAGCGCGUUUGCACCCGUCUGCCUCCGUACAUUUAUCUGUACAUGUUGUGACAUCUCAACGCUGUUUUUCAUUGAAAGUACUGUUGCGAGAAUCAUAUCAUAUGCUUUGAAAAAUACAAUACAAGUCAGUUGAA